AUGUUUUUCAACCCAUUUAAGAAACACGACCACGACUUCCCCGGGGUGGUCGUGCCCCUCGGCAGUGCCCCAGCGCAUUCCCACCCGAAUCCGUCGUUACAUACAAAGGAUUCUGGCCCUGACGAGAAAACUGACGCCCGAAGCGAUAAAGCCCCCUCCGAGGAGAACGGAGUCGCUACCUCGCUCUCUGACAAUGCCCACUUGACCCUUGAAAGCCUGCGCGCCGAAGUCGAAACAGACAUUGUCGCUUCCGGCCAUGACUCCGCAUAUGACCGCAAAGCAAAGGUUAUCAACAGAGCCAUUCAGGAUAUCGGCAUGGGCCGUUAUCAGUGGGAGCUGUUUGCACUCUGUGGAUGUGGUUGGUUGGCAGACAAUCUCUGGUUGCAGGGUGUUGCCCUAACAUUGACUCAACUGUCAGCGGAGUUCGGUGUCUCUGAAAGCCGUGUCCGUUUCACCACCUGCGCGUUGUUCUUGGGUCUUUGCCUGGGUGCUUCGUUCUGGGGUGUUGCAUCGGAUAUCAUUGGACGUCGUCCUGCUUUCAACCUGACUCUCCUCAUUACCAGUGUGUUCGGUCUGGCCGCCGGGGGCGGUCCCAACUGGGUCGGUGUCUGUGCCCUAUUCGCCUGCCUGGGACUCGGUGUUGGCGGAAAUCUUCCAGUUGAUGGCGCUCUCUUUUUGGAGUUUCUCCCAUUCGCCUCUGGCAACCUCUUGACCAUGCUGAGUGUCUGGUGGCCCAUUGGCCAGCUUAUUUCCAGUCUGCUCGCAUGGGCAUACAUUCCAACCUACUCUUGCGCUAGCGACCUGCCUGCCUGCAACAGCGUCGCCGAUGGUGUCCAGUGCUGCACAAAGCAGGACAACAUGGGCUGGAGAUAUCUGGUUCUCACCUUGGGUGCGCUGACCUUUGCCAUGUUCUUCUGCCGCUUCUUCCUCUUCCACCUCUACGAGUCCCCCAAGUACUUGCUCUCUCGUGGUCGCCAGGCCGAGGCUGUCCAUGCUGUCCAUGGCAUCGCUCACAGGAACAAGAAGCAAACCUGGCUCACCGAGGACAUCCUCAACGAGAUCGGCGGCUACCCGGAAGAAGUCGAAAAGCAGACUCUUACUUUCAAGGAGAUCAUUGUAAGAUACCUUUCCAAGUUCUCCCUGGACCGUAUCAGGCCUCUCUUCGGCACCAAGAAGCUGGGUAUUAACACCGUGCUCCUCUGGUUCUGCUGGGCCACCAUCGGAAUGGGCUACCCCCUCUUCAACGCCUUCCUGCCCCAAUACCUCAAACAGGCCGGCGGUGGCGCCGAACAAUCCACCUACACCGUCUACCGCAACUACGCCAUCACCUCCAUUGUCGGCGUGCCAGGCUCCAUCCUCGCCUGCUUCACCGUUGACAUCAAGUACGUCGGCCGCAAGGGCACAAUGAUCAUCUCCACCCUGAUCACCGGCGUCCUCCUCUUCUGCUUCACCGCCUCCACCGACCCCAACAUCCAGCUCCUCUGCUCCUCCCUCGAAGCCUUCUUCCAAAACAUCAUGUACGGCGUCCUCUACGCCUACACCCCGGAGGUCUUCCCGGCCCCCAACCGCGGCACCGGCACCGGUAUCGCCAGCUGUCUCAACCGUAUCGCAGGCCUCUGCGCCCCCCUCGUCGCCAUCUACAGCGGCUCCUCCAACCCCAAUGCCCCCAUCUACGCCUCCGGCGCUCUCAUGCUGGCUUCCUUCGUCGCCAUGUGUCUCUUCCCCAUCGAAACGAGAGGAAAACAGACCCUCUAG